AAGGGGCGGCCGCACGCAGGCGCCGGGUCGAGGUGUUUGUGUGGGUGCCAGGGGCGGUGCUGAGGGGCUGCGGGGCUCCCUCAGCUCCCUACCGGGCAGCGGUGGGGUUGAGAGGUGGUUGGGGAAGCAGGGCGCGAAGGGAGGCAGCCCGAGGCUGAAACAGGCGCGAGGCUUUCGUCUGAGAACGGGUGCUGCCUUCCAUGGGCUGCAAGCGCUGCUUAUAGUGCCUGGAGGAAAGGGGCUGAGCAGGGCAUGCAUGCUAACCAUGGGGGAGGAUGAAGAGGAAGAUUACAUGUCUGACUUGUUUAUUAAACAGGAUGUGAGGCCAGGCUUGCCCAUGGUGCGCCGGGUGAAAGAGGCUAUUCAGAAGGAAGAAAAGCAAAAAGAAGCCAACGAGAGAAACAGACAGAAGAGCGUAAAAGAAGAAGAGAAAGAGCGGCGUGACUUGGUGUUGAAGAGUGCGUUGGGCAAUGAGAACAAAGGCUUUGCUCUGCUGCAGAAGAUGGGCUACAAGAGUGGCCAGGCCCUUGGCAAAAGUGGAGAAGGCAUUGUUGAACCUAUUCCUCUGAACAUAAAAACAGGCAGAAGCGGGCUUGGUCAUGAGGAAUUCAAAAAGCGAAAAGCUGAAGAAAAACUAGAAAACUAUAGACAAAAACUCCAUAUGAAAAAACAAGCAAAUGAACAAGCUGCAGAUCAAUUCAGAGUAAGGUUCAAAAACAAACAAGAAGAACGUAAGAUGGAAGGAGACCUUCGAAAAAGCCAGAGGGCCUGCCAGCAAUUAGAUAUGCAAAAAGAUAUUGAUGUUCCCAAGGAGACUUGGUAUUGGCUAGAGCCUGAAGAAGAAGACAAGAAGGAUGAAGAAGACAAAGAUGAUGAAUGCACAAGCUCAGACUUAAGUGUAUCAGAAAAGCUACAACUCCUGACUGCAUAUUUAAGAGAAGAACACUUUUAUUGCAUUUGGUGUGGAACGACCUAUGAAGAUUCUGAAGAUUUGUCUUCAAAUUGCCCUGGAGACAGUGCUGCAGAUCAUGACUAAAGCCUUUCUAAAGAAAGGAGUUCUAGAUAAGUAUGUAUAGUUGAUAUACUCUGACAAUUUUUUUUAAAAGGUUCAUUGCUGUACCAGAUUUCAUACCAAUGUAUGCAGAAGAAUCAUAAAGUUGACAGGUUAAACUGCACAUUUUUGAAGCAUUCUAUGUUUUUUCUGCUUGUUGCACAAUUUAUUAGGAAAUAAAACUGCAUUAUUGUGAGUUACUGUAACUUGAAGGCAGGUAAGAAUUCCACAGUCUUUGAUUAUGCUCUGAUUUAAAAAGAUCGUUUGAAUAAGGGUAUAAAUAUUGACUUGUUACUCUGUUAUACAGGAUGCUAAACAGGUGUGUGUGUGGGGUCAUCUUUAUUGGAUGACUACACAUCAGAGUGUUUUUUCCUUACUAUCUCAGAGCUCACGGAGGGGGGAGCUUUUGAAAUGUUACAGUGGCAUUAUUUAAUAUAUGUAAAAGGUGCAUAUUCACCGGAUCAUGGGACAUAUUCAUUUUAAAGAUAUAUUUAUAAAUAAUCUUAGUAGACUUUUUAUCCUUAGGGAAUGACAACUGCUCCUGUAAACGUCCUCUAAUAGAAAGUUACUAUUAAAGUAUACAAGUACUGCAAAAAAAAAAAAAAAUCAAAAAUUACUGUGACAAGCUAAAUAAUACCUAACAGUAAGAAAGGAAUCAUCGAACGGCUCAGGUUGGAAGGCACCUUAAAGGUCUCAUUCCAACCCCCAUGCCAUGGGCAGGGAUGCCACCCACUAGAUCAGGUUGCCCAGGGCCCCAUCGAACCUGGCCUUGAACGCCUCCAGGGAUGGGGCAUCCACAACCUCUUUGGGCAACCUGUGCCAGUGCCUCACCACCCUCUGAGUGAACAAUUUCCUCCUAAACCUCUAAUCUAAAUCUCCCCCCUUUUAGUUUAAAACCAUUCCCCUUUUUCCUUUUUCAUCUGAUUGAGGAAAAAAAGUUGCUCUCCAGCUUUUUUGUAAGCCUCCUGUAAGUACCAAAAAGUUGCAAUAGGGUCACCGCAGAGUAAUGGUGAGUAGUGGUGGUACAAGUGCUCUGUGCAAGAACUGCACAGGUUUCAGCUGAAACUUGUCACAUGUUAAUUUUCAUAUUGUAAGGGUAAGUUUAUGGGUGAAAGGGAAGUGGAACUAGUGGUAUUUUUGUCUGUUGGGAUAUAAUUUCUCCUAGACCUUGAGUACUGCAAAAAACUAUGCAUUAGUCCAAAACAAUUGAAUGCUUUAUUUAUGAACAAUAACAUUCAUUAUAAGGGAAAAAAAAAAAUCAGUUCUUAGAAAAGGACAUAAAAUCAGACUGUUAUUUAGCACCACUUACAGGGGAUCAGCAAUAGAUUUCCAUAAGAGUAUAAAAAUGACUAUGUAUUCUUUGAUAUUAUUCUUUUUAACCAAACACCCACCUUUAACCUGUUUAACAUUUUAGAAAAAUCCUAUUAUACUUUAUCUUUACUACACAUCAUCACGUCAUACUUAUUUUCCUGCUUAGAAUCUCUGUGCAUAUGCCUUUAUGGAGUUCCACAGGAGUGAGCUGUAUCUUUUCAAACAAUUCAAAGAUGGGAAUCGGAAGGACUAAUUUGCCCAUCUUUUUUUCCCUGCACAAUUCUUCCUAUUCUAUCACAGCUGUAAUCUUUGAAGUAUGUAACCAAAUAGUAACAGGCAAUCUGCUGUUACCUUUUGCAGAGCUGAUGGUAAGUCCACCAGAGGUGUUCAGGACACCUGUUAUCAGUUACAUAUGCCUCAGUACUACAAUAAGCGAUUAAAACCCAGCAGUAUGGGGGAGAGGAUGUUUAAAGUGCUUUCGACAAAGUAUUUAAAAUGGUUACUAUUGAGAAAACUCUGGAGACUUAGCGUACCCCAACUUUGUUUCAGAAAACAAAAAAGUGCUGAGGGUUUCAAAAGUUUAGGAUAAAUCUCUUUCAACUAGAUUUCCUAGAAGCUAGAUGCUUAACAUUUAAAACAUUUACAUUCUCAAGGAAAACCUACUUUAAAAGAGUAUUUAAAUUUUAGCACACUAAAGGUGCUAGAUGUGUCUGUGGAUAUAGUGAGAAGAAAAUUCAUUUUGAAGACCUGAAAUUCAGUAAGGAAUAAACCCCACUGCUUUCUACUAUUCUUCCGACCGAAAUCGAUCUUUCCAAUUCAGCACAUUACCUGCUCUGGUCUAAAGGGGUGGGGGGGAGUCUAGUAAUUAAUAUAAAGAUCACUAUGAAAAAACAGAAAGGUUUGAUUCAUGUGCCACAAGACAGCGCUUCAUCCACUUCAACUGAUAACAGAUUGAGCAUGUGUUAAGAGCACACACAUAGGGAGUUGCCACAGGCCAGUUAUCACAUCAACAGUCUUAUGGGAGACAAGGACUAGGUUCCUGUGCUUAUUGUAUAAUAUAGUUCAGCUCAUACCUAACCUGUGUUUCCACAUAAAAAUUGCAAGCAAUUAUUUGCAGAUGGUUGCUGUUCUGAUCUGCAGCCAGUGGGAGUGAACGGUGAUGUGACCAUUUUGGCCAGCAAGCUCCUCAAUGGCAGGAAGGCUAAACACCAUGGAAAAGACAUGUCCUAAGUCUUGCUCUUGCUUCUGAUAUAUUUAUGGAAUUUCAUAAGUUUGAAUCAAACUGGAUUUAAGCAUGAUCUGGAAGACUUUUAAAAUGGCGUUUACUGAGUAUGAGCUUUAAGUGAGUUGUCUUUAUCAACACUCUUCAAAAGCUCAAGUAUUUCAGAUGCACGGGGCCUUUUUGAGGCGUCCUUUGAAAGCAUCCUUCUGAUUAUGGGUACCUGCAAAAAGAAAUUAAAAUUGAGUUAUUUUUUUAAUGAGUAAAUAAAGAAACUAACUGAAAUAAUGUAUUCUAAUACUAUACCUGUGUUUUAAAUCGCUCAGUGAAGUCCUCUGGAAAUUUACUUUCUCUUACAUCAUGCCAUACCUGAAAUUCAUAUGAGAUAAACAGUUUCAGUAUGCUUUUAUUCAUUAUAUUUUGCAUCUCGUUUCACAACCCAUAUAAUUUACAGAAGUAAUUAGGAGAAUAAAAAUCUACAAAAAAGGUAAGGCUGCAAAAAGAAACUACAGAAGUUUGAAAAAUUCUCAUUUAGUUGAACUUUAUUUUGUUUUUAUGGUCUUUUUUUAUAAACUGUUGUCCCUUUUUAAGCUUAAAAGCUUCACAAAAUACAAUGAUGUGUUUGUUUCGGCAAACCUCUCUACUUAAUAACCAUUAUCCUUCUGUCCUCAAAUAAUAAUAAUUUAAAAAGCAAACAAUACAUGUUGUGAGAAGGCUUAUUUUCUGACAACAUGUGGAUGUUAUUUCUGAGCCAAGCAGGUGUGCUUCCUCUCUUUUACCUUGUUCAGUGCUACAAAAUUAUUUUUAUGUCACUGCAGAAAAUGCUAGGUGGAGUUCAAAGCAACUAACAGUGAGGAUUUCUAAAUAAAUGCUUUCAGAAACUG